GACUCGUCGUCAACUUCGAAGUUUUACUUGCAAUAAUUACCUCCUCCUUCGCUUUCGAUGGUCGAAAUCAGUUUGGUAAAGAGAAAACUCUCAAACAAUCAUGGCGGCUUCAAUGACAAAACCCAUCUCAAUAACAUCUCUCGGUUUCUAUUCUGAUCGAAAGAACAUUGCUUUCUCUGAUUGCAUUUCGAUUUGUUCUGGAUUCAGACAUUCUCGACCAUCUUGCCUCGAUUUGGUCACGAAAUCACCGAGUAACAACACUCGUGUUUUACCUGUCGUUAGAGCCCAAAGCUCUUCUGAUUAUAUUCCAGACUCAAAAUUUUACAAGGUUGAAGCAAUUGUCAGGCCAUGGAGUCUCGAGAAAGUUUCAUCGGCGCUAUUGAAAAUCGGAAUACGAGGUGUUACUGUUUCUGAUGUUCGAGGUUUUGGUGCACAAGGUGGUUCCACCGAGAGACAUGGUGGCUCUGAGUUCUCUGAAGACAAGUUUAUUGCUAAAGUUAAAAUGGAAAUCGUUGUUAAGAAAGACCAAGUGGAAUCUGUAAUCAACACCAUAAUUGAUGGAGCAAGGACAGGAGAGAUUGGUGAUGGCAAGAUUUUCGUUAUACCUGUGUCAGAUGUCAUAAGAGUUCGAACAGGUGAGCGUGGAGAGAAAGCAGAGAAGAUGACUGAUUGGAAGAUGUUUGUCUUAGCGAUAUCUUCUCCUUCAACUACUCUCAUCAGACCACUAAAACGAAAGGGGCCAAACCGGUCACCGGUUCGAAAAAUCCUCUGCCUGAGCCAGAGGAGGCAGAGCAAAACCGGUACCGGAAAAUCUUGGAUUGUCCCAGUAAGUCUCUCUCUUUUUGGUUCAGGCUUCGUCUUGGGUCCUCUCCUCGAUGGUCUCCACUCACGUGUUGAUCUCGUGGUUUACCAAAACGGAGCUUUUCAAAUCGGUCCCCUUCAUACAAACAUCUGGGUCCCGUUCUUGCUUGGCUUAUUUUAUUGUACAGUAGGUUUACUACAACUCCUAUUGGAUGAGACAACCUCUAUAAAGCCUCCACGUGGCAACUUGGACAAAACCAUAAUUUCACUCUUAGCACUGGUGGUGUUCUUAGAGUUAAGUGCUGAAAUGUACAAAGCUGGAGUUUCAGACAACAUAGAAGCUUACAUUCUAUUUGCCUUAGCAGAAUUUAUUUGGUUCUCUUUGGAUAGAACUUGGCUUGGCUUCACCAUUGCCACUCUCCUCGGUGUUGCCUGUUCUUUAGCUGAAAUCCCCAUCAUGCAAUUCUUCCAUCUGUGGUACUAUCCAGAAGCAAACAUAGAGAUCUUCGGCCAGGGAUUGGACAGUUAUGGAGAGGACGACUACUGAUGUGGACAUUAGCUCAAGCAAAGAACAAUAAUG